AUGGAGCGUCCAGCCAACACCCCAGUUGAUACCCGGGUUCAAGAUCCCUUGUCGCUAGAAGCACAGCAACGAUGGAUAAACGAGAGGAUUCGCAUUAAGAAAAGACGGAUAAAGGCGCAAGGGUCUUUCAACGCCAGUUUCUGGGCUGCCUCACACGAGGUCGAAAGCCUUAUUCUCCAGCGGGCAGAGGUUGACCGGAAGAUAUCUCUACGAGAUUUUGAAGGAACCCCAUCCGAAUGGGAAAAGUCAGAUGCGGCCAAGUCAAUAUUUCAAACUAUCAAAGCACAGGAGACGACCGUCAAAAUCUGCAAGGAUAGACAAAACGGCCUGGAAGAAAGUCAAUGGUCGCUGAAGCUGAAGCGGUUUUACAGGGCUUCAUUCAGGCAGCUCUUCACAACCAGUAAAAUGGGUCUGGGUGUGUUCAGCACCGGGGCUGGGAAACGCGAUUCCAGCCAGCAGUCAACAUUCCGUGCCGAACUCAUAAGGGCGGUGCACCUCUUCCCAUACAUGCAUGGCCAAGUUACGAUGGAUGCGAUCUUUGGGAAACGACGGCCGGAAGAGCUAUUAUCUGUCCGGAAUGGGCUUGUAGUGGCGCAGCCGGUUGCGAAGUGGUUCGACUCAGGCAAGUUUGUCAUCGUCCCAGAUUUGCCAGAACGGCCUGCUAUGGCCGAGCUUCUUGCCUGGAUGCGACGGGAGACCAUAGAAUACCGCUUGAGGGUCAUCGACCCGACAUGGGAAAGACUGGACAAAACGAUAUCGUGUGGAUAUCAGAGGACGUGGAGAGAGGCCGAUGGAAAGCGGCUGGAGUUCCGCACGAGCUUCAGACCGGCGGCAAGGUACCUUUACUUCCACUAUUGCGUGCAAGUUCUACGCCGGGCUUGGGCCCAUAAUACCAGCGGGGGGUCAUUUCCGACUUUGAGGGACGAGGCUGGAAAGCCCUUCUGGGGCACGCCGGGCCGCUACCUCCCCAAGAAUAUGCUCCUCAGCGUAGAGGCUCCCGGCCACGAAUAUAACGAUUUGCUAGAGGGGGCCAGUUGGAAUACCGCUUGUGGCGACGAGAAUCUCCUUUUGGAGAUCGCUUCUUCACAAAUAAAAAUGCUGCCUGCAUUCAAUGACGCUUGGUGGGGAGGAGAUAGGGAUGACGAUGAAAGCGAAAGUGAAGACAAUGAGACAGAUGGGUGCUCGUCCUUGUAG